GUAACUGAGCUGCACAAUAUCAAAAACAUAACUAGAUUGCCUCGAGAGACGAAGAAGCAUGCAGUGGCAAUUAUCUUUCAUGAUGAGACGUCAAAGACAUUUGCGUGUGAGUCAGAGUUAGAGGCAGAGGAAUGGUGCAAACAUCUUUGCAUGGAGUGUCUAGGAACCAGGCUCAAUGAUAUAAGUCUUGGGGAACCAGAUUUGCUUGCUGCUGGAGUCCAGAGAGAACAGAAUGAACGAUUCAAUGUGUAUCUUAUGCCUACACCAAAUUUAGAUAUCUAUGGGGAAUGUACAAUGCAGAUCACACAUGAAAACAUCUAUCUCUGGGACAUCCACAAUGCCAAGGUCAAGCUGGUCAUGUGGCCUCUGAGCUCUUUGAGAAGAUACGGACGUGACUCAACAUGGUUCACAUUUGAAUCUGGAAG